UAUAGUCAGGCAGCUAUGGCAAGUACAAAUGCAGGGAAUCAGCGGCCUCGCCGGCACAUAUGGAGAAAGAGCACUCAGCGUCUUUCACACAGGCUGUUCUGCUGCUCAUGCUUGCGGGGUGAGGAGAAGGAUUCUCUGCAGGAGCAGGAAAGGAAGAUUAAUGGGGGCCCUCAGCAUCCACACUUGGAUCAACGGGGAUCAGGUGAGAAGGAGGCUAUCCAGAUUACAGUGGAAGAUCUGGGGAUAGUUAACAGCAGCUUCAGCCUGCUCGAGGAGGAACCCCUGACCCCAAGGAACAGCAUGGCCCGCUCAGCCAGCUCUGUGUCUGCCUGCCAAAGGGCUCUGAAAAAGAAACGGCUGAAGCCUCUGUCUUCACUCCCCAUACAACCCCAAGUCAAUCUGGCCAUCAUUUGUACCAGUGGAGAGGAGGAAGAAGAAGAGGAGGAAGACCCGUUGCUGUUUGAGAGUGGCACUAAUAGCACGGCAGCUUCUGGGAGCCUCCUGACACCACCUGUCAUUAAUCUGAUCCCACCCACGCCAUCUGACAUAGCUGAUGAUGAUCAGUUCUUUGACAUUAAUUCAGAGGAGAGUGUGGCACAUACAUCUGGCAGUGAUGGUAGCUUUGCUGCUGGUGACCAAGAGAGUUAUGAGGAAAAGAUGGAGAGUGUGGAGUCAGAGGAGUCCACGGACAAAUUCACACUGGCUCAGAAUAAGGUCAGUGAUGCUGAUGGUACAGCUGAACCUGAAGAGGGCCUAAGUGAUCGGUUUGGAAAAGAAAGAGAGGCUGUGCCAACCAAGGAAUGGGAUAAAGAGAAAAAAAAGCCCAGGUUCUUACGUAGCGCCUACCAGGUGGCUCCUCUCCCUGAGUACCCUCAGAAAAGGAGCUUCAACACUGGAAUAAAUCUUUUAUCAUUUACUGAGCACAACUUGGAUGACCUGAGCAACAGGGAUGUAACCUGCUCCGACAUGCUGAAAGCUGAUCUUGGUCUGCUACCUAACGCCGCCAACAUGGACACAUUAACUCACCAACGGAGGCAGAUAACUCGCUCCUGUAGUCUCGGGGACACACUGACCAGGAGCGCCACUUUCCACGCUUUAACUGAGACCACAAACAACCAGGAAGAGGAGGGGUCGCCACGACAACGACGCAUAACUGUCUCAUCAUAUAUGCCUCAGUCUAAGGAUCAGAAUGGAAACUUCCCUGAGAAGGACAUGGACGGGAAAGUGGCCAAAUCUCUCCGAGAGCUGAGCACAGAUGAGGUCUGCCAGUGGUUUACCAGUAUCGGACUGCAGAAAUGUCUCCCUUUCAUCAGAGAUGCAAAACUGUGUGGAGCAGACAUAGCGGCGGUGGACGUAAACACUCUGGACAUCCUCCAUAUCACCACACUGGAAGAUAGGGAGCAGCUACUGUCAGCCAUUUAUAAUGAGCUGCACCCUCCCAGCACCAUCAGCCAAAGACUCGACUCACUGCUUGAAUCCCUAGGCCCUAAUAAUAUUGAGACAUUCACUGCAAAAUUAGUCUCAAUGAGCAAGUCCAAGUCCUCUCCGCAUGUGAGUUGUCUGAGCAUGAAUCGGCGUUCCCUCAAGCUCAGAAACAACAGCCAAAACUACAUGGUACAGAGGAACUCUCAACUGAUAGAGAUCACUAUUAAUGCGUCAGAGCGGAUAGUUCAUCUCAGAACCCCAAAGGAAACAACGGUGGGAAAAAUCUUGGAUUCUUGUAUCAAAAUGUUGGGAAUGACAGAAGAUAACAGUCUCUUCAUACUGAAAGAAAAGCAAGGUUCAACAGAGGAGCUCCCACCAGAUCAACAGAUUGGGACUCUUCUGACAUCGACAUCAGAGAACAGACAAUUGGAGCUGCACUUGUGCAAAACGGCGAAGUCCUCAGGUACUGCAUUACAAAAUAAUCCAGAAGUCAAGAGCCCUGAUGAGAACAGCAACAUCAACAAAAAUGUCCAGGUGAACCAGCCAGCUAAAGAAGAGAGGAUCAGGGAGCUAAACCAACAGGUGGACUCUCUACAAAAUGUCAUCCUUCAGGUCCAGGAGCUCCACCACGGCCUGGUAGCAUUUUGCUCAGAGUUAAAGAACAUGGAUGGAGAUGUGAAUGUAGACAGGCUUGGCUCUGCUGAGCUGAAGCAGAAGCUGGAGUUGGUUCAAAGCCAACUGAACGACAAGAGGCAGAGCCUGCAGGCCCUUAGAGACAACAUUAACAACUCCACUGCUCACAAGAAAAAGCAGUUGGACGUUCGUCUCUUGGAAAAGAUGAAGCUGAACUGCCAAGUUUUUAAGGAGGAAAUUUCCAUGGUACAUCUCAACCGACAGGUGGCUCACCUCCAAAACGCUUUGCAAGAAAGCUAUGUUAAGGAGAAAGCUCAGAAAAAGAGUUUGGCCAUCAGUAGCCUGAGCCAGCUGGUGUCACCGCAGUCUCCCGCCAUGCUGCUGGUUGUACAGGAGAACCACAACCCUGAUGGCCAUUAUGGCUUUACGUGUCACUACAGAGAAGGCGGCGGACUAGUGGUGGUCAAAGUGGACAACUCUCACCUCUGUGUGAAUGACAGACUGGUGGAGGUGAAUGGUGUACCAGUGGUCAACUCUACACAGAAAGAGCUGACUGACAUCCUGCUGCAGGGACCCAGCGCUCAAAUUGUUGUCCUUCGCCAGCCUGUGCCCAGCCUAACCUCCCAGCAGCACCCUCUGCUCCUGCAGCGCAUGGUCAACCCUGAUCCAAUCGGCGCAGAGAGGGAUGUGGUCACCAUGGAAACCCCUGCACGACGGAAAGUGAUGGCCAUCUGAUGAUAUGACGGAGAGAAGUAAAGAGACACUGAGAGAGGCAGUGGUGACGAGGAUGGUGCAAAAUGUUUAGCACUUUUUUAAAUUGAUAUCUGUCUGUAGAAUAACCCAUAAUGUGAAAUGUCAUGUCAGCUUUUGUUAGUUAGUUAUUUACCUCCAUAUGUGAACAUGUUUAUUGAUUGUUGCCAAAUGCCUUUUAGUUAGGAAUGUCACAUAGUAAUAUAGCAGUGUUUUUGUUUUUAUUUAACUUUUUUUUAUUCUAAAGCUUCACCAUAUGUACAUAACUUUGCUCUUGAUAGACAGUAAUGUAUAAUCCAUAUUGUUUCAAUGUAUGUGCCGAACAAUGCCUAUGAAAAACAUAUUUCCAGAAAAAACAUAGAACAGAAACAAAGACUACAUUCACUUCUUUUUUCCAUUUGGAUCUCUUCCUGUUUUACAUCAUAUUUGUGGCAUGAGGGAAAAUGAAAAGUAAAAAAAGAAACACCGGGGCAGAUAGAGCUGCUCCACUGGAUAUGUGAUAAGCCUUUUUUUAGCAUCCAGCAGAGUAAUUCCUGAGGGUAUAACAAUGUAAGCCUGAUUAGGACUCAGCAGAAUGCUUCACCUUUUUAAAAGUACAGAUAGAACUGGAUAGAGUCAGAAAAUAUGUGACAUGGUGUAAAGACACGUCCCAAAGCUUUGUAUCCUGUCUGCAAGCUUUCUCCUUUCAGAUUAGACACUAAGAUGAUCUGGAACAGUGUUCAGAGCAGAAGAUUUCUUAAAAAAUGAGUCAUGUCUCCCCUUUGUAUGUUGUAAUGUAAUCCACUGUGCUGUAGGAAUAAACCCUUGAGCCCGGAAA